CAGAUAUAAAUUAAGACAACCCAGUUAUAGUUAUAACCACCAGCUCAUGACACAUUGCCCACACAACAUUAUUGACUUGGAAAGGUUUUGGUAGAGAUCUAAGUGAGUGAGGAUCCCAACACAAGAAUGUUUGGGGACGAAGAAGAAGAAGAAUAUUCUCCUUCUUCAGAAUCUUUUGGCCUCGUGAACACACCGAGAAAGAAAAGGAGCAGCAAGAACAACAAGAGGAGAUUUAGUGAUGAGCAGAUCAGGUCACUAGAGUCCAUGUUUGAAACAGAGACAAGACUCGAACCCAAAAAGAAGUUGCAAUUGGCAAGGGAACUUGGGUUGCAACCGCGUCAGGUUUCGAUUUGGUUUCAGAACAAGAGAGCCAGAUGGAAGUCCAAGGAGCUCGAGCGAGACUACAGCAUAUUAAGAGCUAAUUACAACACCCUCGCUUCCCGGUUUGAGGCUCUUAAGAAGGAGAAACAGGGGUUUGUUUUACAAUUGCAGAGACUGAAAGAUGUUGUUCAGAAGCCAGGAGAGAGGCAGUGUUGCGGGCAAAGUGAAGGGGCUCCGAGCAGCGAUGAAGGGAAAAUGGAGAAUGAUGAUUCCAACAAGUGUGAAUCAGAAGUGAAGCCGAGCUUGUCAAUGGAAAUAUCAGAUCAUGGAGUAGGAGUACUUUCAGAUGAUGAUAGCAGCAUAAAAGCAGAGUACUUUGGAUUAGAAGAUGAACCGAACCUUAUGAGUAUGGUAGAACCAGCUGGUGAUAGUAAUUCACUGACAUCACCAGAAGAUUGGGGUAAUCUUGAAUCUGAUAGUCUGUUUGACCAUUCUAGUAGCAGUUAUCAAUGGUGGGAUUUCUGGUCUUGAAUCUAAAUAAAUGAAAUGUUAGGAGAAAUUAAAGUUCUUGAUACAUUUUGAGUGCUAAGCGGGGACAACGUCAUUGAACACUUAGUUCUGGCGCGAUUUCACUUUAUUUUCGUUAUUUAACUAGCCUAUGUGGUUUAUAGGUAUUGCAUGUGGCCCAUCGAUUUAUCAUUGGGGUGAAAUCUGGUGGACUGUGCUUUC